AUGGUGGCUGUUGCUGCAGCCUCAUACGGCAAUAGACCUGACUACACCGGGCGAUACACAUUUGCAGCACCGUAUGACCAGUCCUUUCUGGACGGAUAUUCGAUUCUUAAGCACAUCGGCGGACUAGGACCAUAUAGCAACCGCAUGUCCUUCGGCAUCGGACGAGAUCCUCCCGAGUCUUGCGCCGUUGACCAGGUCAUUAUGAUCAGACGUCAUGGCGAGCGGUACCCACAAGCCAACGAUGCCACGGGGAUCGAGGAUGUCCUGGAAAAGCUUUACAGCUCCAAUGUGACAGGCUGGAAGGGCGAUCUGACAUUCCUGAACUGGUGGAAGUACUACGUGACCGACCCGAGUUACUACGAGCUCGAGACUGAGACAGGACCGUACAACGGGCUACUGACGACGUACAAGCACGGCGCGGAGUACCGUGUGCGGUACGGACAUUUGUGGGAUCAGACAUCUGGAAAGACUGUGCCCAUGUGGACGAGUGAAUUUGAGCGCGUUGUGCAGACCGCUCGCAAGUUUGGUAUGUAG